AUGCUCUUCCUUCGAUUACUUGCAGCUCUCAUUCUCAUGGCGCCGCCGGGGGCCGAAGCCGAGGCCCCCCGCUGCACCGUCUUCACCGCCGUCAGAACCUACGAGGAGUGCACCAAUCUGCCCACCCAGCAGGCCUCGCUCGCCUGGACCUACCACGCCCAAAACGCCACCGUCGACGUCGUCUUCUCCGGCACCGUCAUCUCCCCCACCGGCUGGGUUGCCUGGGGCAUCAACCCCGGCUCCCCAGAGAUGACCGGCACUCGCGCCCUCGUCGCCUUCACUGACCCCGCCACCGGCAGCGCCGCCGUCCUGCCCUUCGUGCUGGACUCCUCCGCCAAGCUUCAGCUAGCGCCGCUCACCUCCCGCCCCCUCGACAUCCCCCUCCUCGCCUCCUCCGCCGUCUUCCGCCGCACCGCCGUGGAGAUCCACGCGACCCUGCGGCUGGCGCCCAACCGAACGACGCUCCACCAUGUGUGGAACCGGGGCUCACAGAUGGAGGGCCACUCCCCCAGUAUCCACCCAUUAACGCCGGCGGAUCUCAGUUCCCGAGCAACCGUCGACAUCGCCGCCUCCAUCCUAACGGCAGGGCCACCCCACCGCCGAGCCAAUCUGCAGCGUGCCCACGCCGUCCUCAGCGCACUCUCGUGGGGGUUCCUUCUGCCCGUCGGGGUCGUGGUGGCGCGCUACCUGCGGCAGUACGAGUCCGCCGGACCGAGCUGGUACUACGCGCACGCCGCCGUGCAGCUAGUGGGCUUCGUCAUGGGCACAGCGGGAUUCGCCGUCGGGCUCCACCUGGGGAGGAGCUCCUCGCGGAGUGCUGUCUACGGGCUCCACGGCAAGCUGGGGGCGGCGGCGUUCUCUACGGCGGCGCUGCAGACGCUAGCGCUGCUCUUCCGGCCGAAGACUACCCACAGGUUCCGCCGGUACUGGAAGUCGUACCACCACCUCGUGGGCUACACCUGCGUGGUGCUCGCGCUAGUCAACGUCUUCCAGGGCUUCGAGCUGAUGGGCCUCGGCCGGUCCUACGCCAAGCUGGGCUACUGCCUGGUGCUGUCGACGCUGCUGGGGGUGUGCGUGACGCUUGAGGUCAACGCCUGGUUCUUGUCUCAGAGGAGAACCCACGAGGGGGAGAAAACGACGAGGACCGAGAGGGGGAUCGUCGAGAGCUCCUCCGAAGGGUAG